UUUUUGGGGUUUCUUGGUUUUUCCUGAUCUUGAUUUUUUGUGAAUCGAGUUAUGUGAUUUUGUUUUUGACUCUGUCAGAUCGAUGAUCUUGAUAUCAGAGGGGUGUCCUUUUUCUGGGCUCAAAACUUUUCUUUCAAUUUUCGAAAUACUUUCUGAAUCCGACUUCAGGUCCGACAUUUGAGUAUUCUAAUCCCUGCCCUUUCGAUCUUCCUCACCUCCAUCUGUCCGGUGAAAGGUCUCAGAUUCUCCGAUCCCCAAUUCUGAUGCUCUAUUUUUUGUUCUUUUAAGAAUUACAACAAUCCUCUACCUGCCAACUCAACAAAUAUGAACAUUAAUUUGGGCCGUUCUAACCAGAACGUUUUUGCGCUUCAAACCAAUCAAUUGACGACUACAUCAAGUCAAUAUUUGCCACAACAACAACUUCAACCGCCCUAUCCUCUUCUUGCAACAAAUUCGUCUCCUGCUAUGAUUUCACCGCCUCGGAUGUCUUUUGUUUCUUUUCCACCAAUGCCUUCGGUUCAUAUGAAUCCACCGCCAGCGCACAUAAAUUUAACGGUUAAUGGUCGUCAGCAACCGCAGGCUCAACCAACUGUAACGCUCAACCAUGUGAACUUCUGUCCGUAUCAGCCUCCAGCUUGUAUUAAUCAACAACUAUUUUCGCCUGCCGUAGGGUGGUCUUUUACUAGUGAACCUCCAACUAAUACAAACCGAGUGCAACAACAACAUCAACAACCUAUUUUGCGAAUGCCAACUGUUGUUAUUCGACCUGGAGGAACUACAAUUAUUCGUUUAAAUGGUUAUAAUCGUCCGGGAGGAUAUUUUGGACGAGGGCCGACUGCUAAUAUUGAUUGUCAUACUUCAAAUGUUAAAAACGGAUAUAAAGCUCAACAACCACGUAUUAAAUAUAACGAAGAAAUUCUUGCUGAUAAAAAAGAUGAAUGUCCUAUUUGUUUGGAAGAUAUGGAUAGUGGAAAUUUGAUUGCUAGACUUCCAUGUCUUUGCAUUUUUCAUAAAAGUUGUAUUGAUGAAUGGUUCUUGCGUAAAAACACUUGCCCAUGCCAUCCAGAUGAUUAAUUUGAAAAAGAAUUUUAAACACCAGAAUUUGGUUAAAUUAUUUAUUUUAAUGUUGAUACUUUUUAAAAAUUUCAAGUGAUUUUUUUGGCCCUUUAAAAAUUGUGAGAGCUUUGCCCAUUCUUUCAGCUUUACAUGAUAAAAAAUUUUUGUUUUUUGGAGAAUUUUAAUAUUAGUGAAUAUUUUCUGGGCGAAUAUUUUUUGAGAGAUGAGGUGUAUACGAAGAACUGUUUGAUAUCCUAUUC